AUGCUGGAACUACAGAAAAACCAGGCACACCUGAUACUGGAACUACCGCCAAAUCAGGCACACCAGAUGCUGGAACUACAGCCAAACCAGGCACACCUGAUGCUGGAACUACAGUCAAACCAGGCACACCUGAUGCUGGAACUACAGCAAAACCAGGCACACCUGAUGCUGGAACUACAGCCAAACCUGAUGCUGGAACUACGCCAACCAGGCACACCGAUGCUGGAACUACAGCCAACCAGGCACACCGAUGCUGGAACUACAGCCAAACCAGCACACCUGAUGCUGGAACUACAGCCAAACCAGGCACACCAUGCGGACUACCCAAACCAGCACACCAGAUGCUGGAACUACAGCCAACCAGCACACCAUGCUGGAACACAGCCAACAGGCACACCUGAUGCUGGAACUACAGCCAAACCAGGCACACCUGAUGCUGGAACUACCAGCCAAACCAGGCACACCGAUGCUGGAACUACAGCCAAACCAGGCACACCUGAUGCUGGAACUACGCCAAACCAGGCACACCGAUGCUGGAACUACAGCCAAACAGGCACACCUGAUGCUGGAACUACAGCCAAACCAGGCACACCGAUGCUGGAACUACAGCCAAACCAGGCACACCUGAUGCUGGAACUACCAGCCAAACCAGGCACACCUGAUGCUGGAACUACAGCCAACCAGGCACACCUGAUGCUGGAACUACAGCCAAACCAGGCACACCUGAUGCUGAACUACAGCCAAACCAGGCACACCAGAUGCUGGAACUACAGCCAAACCAGGCACACCUGAUGCUGGAACUACAGCCAAACCAGGCACACCUGAUGCUGGAACUACAGCCAAACCAGGCACACCUGAUGCUGGAACUACAGCCAAACCAGGCACACCGAUGCUGGAACUACAGCCAAACCAGGCACACCUGAUGCUGGAACUACAGCCAAACCAGGCACACCUGAUGCUGGAACUACGCCAAACCAGGCACACCAGAUGCUGGAACUACAGCCAAACCAGGCACACCUGAUGCUGGAACUACAGCCAAACCAGGCACACCUGAUGCUGGAACUACAGCCAAACCAGGCACACCUGAUGCUGGAACUACAGCCAAACCAGGCACACCUGAUGCUGGAACUACAGCCAAACCAGGCACACCUGAUGCUGGAACUACACGCCAAACCAGGCACACCUGAUGCUGGAACUACAGCCAACCAGGCACACCUAGAUGCUGGACUACAGCCAAACCAGGCCACCAUGAUGCCUGGAACUACAGCCAAACCAUGCACACCUGAUGCUGGAACUACAGCCAAACCAGGCACACCAGAUGCUGGAACUACAGCCAAACCAGGCACACCUGAUGCUGGAACAACGCCAAACCAGGCACACCUGAUGCUGGAACUACAGCCAAACCAGGCCCACCGGAUGCUGGAACUACCGCCAAACCAGGCACACCGAUGCUGGAACUACAGCCAAACCAGGCACACCUGAUGCUGGAACUACUGCCAAACCAGGCACACCUGAGGCUGGAACUACCGCCAACCAGGCACCCGAUGCUGGAACUACAGCCCAAACCAGCACACCUGAUGCUGGAAACUACAGCCAAACCAGCACACCUGAUGCUGGAACUACAGCCAAACCAGCCACACCUGAUCUGGGAACUACAGCCAAAACCAGGCACACCUGA